AGGAGGAGGAGGAGGAGGAGGAGAAGGAGGAGGAGGGAGAGGAGGAGGAGGGAGGAGGAGGAGGAGGAGGACCUGGCUAUCGCGACUGCCAACGGCCUGGGCGCUGGCUGGCGCUCUCAUGUUGGCGACCGGGCGUGUGGCUCUGUCAGCUAAGGAGGCGGACUCCGAGCUGACCUUCGGGAAGCACGAGGGGUGGAGCUGGUGGCUGUAAGCGCGAAUGCUCCCAACGAGGCGACACCGAGGAUGCCACCGUCGAUCGAACGGUGCAAAUAAAAGGCUGUCCCCCGCGGUGAUGACACCCACGAGUGCCACCAAGGUGCCGGCGGUGGCCGAAGAACUCAUUUACCACCGCCACUGCCACCGAGGGCACGGCUGGCGGUGGCGGCGCAGGCUGGCGAAGCCACCGACCAAACGUGAGAUGGACAGGCAAGAGCUCUUGCUCAGCGUGUCGCUGCAGCAGCCCCGGCGACAAGAAAUGCCCUGCGAACUGCGGCCGAUGAUGCCAACGCUGCAGGAGCGGCGGAGGAAGGGCGAGGCUGCCAAGAUGCAAGGCGCGGGGCGGCGCCGAGGAGCACGCUCGGCUCGGCUCUGACUCCGCGCUCGUCCCUUGAGCGCGGAAUGCCGCGAAGUCCAGCGAGCCUGUGCCGAGGCCUGCUCGAUGGGUCCUUGGAGCUGGGCCCCAGGGGGGCUCGGGCAGGCCGGCGUGGCUGGAUCCAGUGGUCCGUCUCUUCGGGGGUGCAGAGUAGGAGGGCGCCCCCUCUCCUCCACAAGGGGAGAGAUCUGUAGGGUCGGGUCUCAUGGAAAGAUCUAUGUCACGGCCCGGCGGUCAGCUGGCCUAGUAUUCGCCAGGCUUGGGAGGAAGCCCCUUGCACUCGAGCGCCAGGUCCCACUGGUCCUCGGUGCCUUGCUCCCAGGGCUCGACGAUGUGCAACGCUCCAGCCACCAUACCUGCAUCGUGGACAUCGGGUGAGUCUUCGGCAUCCUUUAACACAGGGCCCAAGUUGAACUCGAGGAGGUACACCUCCACGAGGUCUUCGCUCACUAUGAAGUCCGCGCUCAAUAUCUCGAACUGCUUCUUGUUGCGACCCUCGAGCUUCCCCUGCUCAGCCGCGCGCUUGACAACCGUCGCAACGACGUUCUUACAAGUAGGGUAUACCUUCGGCCAGUAUGGCCAAUCAUUAAUGCGCUUUGUUCUGAUGAUCGUCACCUGACCCUCUUUCGACAGGUCAGUUGGGUCCCAUGCCUUUGGCGAUAUGCUUAGGUAGCCGUCCUUGUAAGUAUACAAAUUCCACGUGACGCCAUCAGCCAUCCCUAUCAAUAGGUUGUAAAACUUUAUGUGGCACUUCUCGCCGUUCGUGUAGAGGAGAGGUUUCGGGAUGUGCUUCUGAACAACAUAGACGGCGCCUGGCUUUGCGAGCCCCAAGCAGUCCUGUGGCCGUGCGCAACAGACCACGCUGGUACCCCAAUUGCGGUCCGUCUCCUUCCUUGACAAACCAUGGCAUCGGUGGCGCAUCUGCUGGCUCCGAAUCGGGCACAGCGCCAACCCAGCGCUGAUCUUCGAUAACGAACGUCAGAGGCAUGUAUCCGGGACAAACUCAUACAGCUUUAGCUUGUCCUCUAGCCAUAUUCGGCCUUUGAUGUGCAUCGCGAUGCGGGCGAAAUACGUCUCGUCUGUGAAAUCGACGCCAGCCUUGCCAAUCGGGCAGUAGCUCACCUGGCCAGACUUGUCCUCGAACCACUUCUCGCUCGGGUACACCCGCCAAUUCGGUCUCUGCAGGAAAUAGUUGCAGAAACGCUGCCCGUGACCACCGACGCGGCAGUCCGAGCAGUAGAAGAACUUCCUGUCCUCGACCGACGUGGUCGUGACGGGCGGGUUGAUCGGCAGGGCGGCGGAGCUCGGGCUCCCUGGCAAGCGGUAGCCCCCUCCGUUCCGGACGUCGUCUAUGGCCUCGCGCAGCUGCACCAUCUCCCGGUUGCUCUUCUUGAUCUCCUCCUCCAUCUUGGCGGCCUUCUGCGAGGCGCGCUCCU